GAACUGGUUCUGAUGGAGUUCUGAGCAGCAGCCUGUAGAGAUGAGAGCUGGACCCAGCAGCAGCAGCAGGUCCAGAAAGGCCCAGCAGCUGCUCUCAGUCAUGCCUUCACUCUGCAGGAGUUUGAUCUGCGCGCUGCUUCUCAGCACAACCGCAGAAACUGAGACCGUCAGUCCGGGUCCCGGUCCGGAACCCGUCCUGCAUGCUGAUGAGGGGAACCUUUCAAACCCGGAUCUYCUGAAACAAGAGGCUUUUCAGCAGCUGAACAGGCCCCUGCCAGGGCACACCUUUAAUCUGAGGGUCCAAGUAAAUGACAAGAUGAGUCAGCAGCCCCUGAGCCAGGCACUCGUGGAGCUCUUCAUCAACUACACCUGCAACAGCACGGCUUUAAGUGGGGAAGAUGGCGGGGCUCUGUUCCAUGUACCGUACCGCUCAGGGCUGCUGGUCGCAGUCAUYGUCAGCAAGACUGGCUUCCUUCCUACACUGCUGCCUUAUAAAACCAACAGAAUCCCAAGUUUCGUCAGCGUGGAGUUAAACCCGGUGGCAGCUGUCAGUGUGCAACUUUUCUCCGGAGAAACAAAACUUCAUGUAACUGGGCCGAUCCAGAUCAGCCUCGGUGUCCCUGACAGCUGUGGACUCCAGGCUCCAGCUGCUGUUCCUGUGUGGUUCUUCAACCAGACCACUGGAGGCUGGAUGAGAAAAGGACUUGGAAAGAUGAUAAUGGUGAACGGAAAACUCACGUGGACUUUCACUGCUCCUCACCUGGGCUACUGGAUGGCAGCACCUGUAUCCUCCACCAGAGGGUUUUUUGUACUCUCCACCAUCAUUGACUUUACCUUCCGUCAUUUAUUUUUCCUGACGGUUCUCCUCGGAGGAACCCUCCUCAUCAUCAUCUGUCUCCUGAUUGGGAUGAUAUGUUAUUGCAGGAAGCAGUUCAKUAAAAAUAAAACCAGGAAAAUCCCAACAGUGAGUAAAAAGGAUCAGACCACUUCCACGUGUCAUCCUGAAGCCUCUGGGACGUCCUCAGGGAACUCCKCUCAACCAGCAGAUAUGAACCAGAAAGCGUUCCAAAAGAGUGGAAACAACAGUGAUGUGAUAGUUAACCCCGGAGUUGUGACUGUUUCAGUCGAGUCUCACAGACAGGACUGUACGACCUCAGAACAAACUCCUCCGUCUCUAACCGACAGCUUGUUCUUCUACAACCAGCCUGUCGCCAUUCUUCCCGCCUCAGCAUUUUUCCACCUGGAGGAGGAACAGGAGCAGACCGAGUGGAGCAGGUCGGCCACUCUGCCACGGAUGGGCUUUUCAAACGGGUCUGCCGCGGAGCCGCAGAGGAAAGACAGCUUCACCCAGACUCUGCAAAACGCUCCCUCUGCCGCCCAGAGCCAGGCGGUAGAAACUGAGGAUCAGCCCGGAGGUCUGGAAAUCUCUCAGACUUCAAACGGCACAAGCAGGGGCCCUUUCGGCCUCCCAGAGUCCGUUUCAGAACCGGGAACGUUAAAUAAAAUCAGGGAGAGCAGACGUUCCGUCCACGCCUUCACGGGUUUAUCCAAAAUCCCAUCACCUCAGCCUCCUCGAGCCUGGUUUGUAUCUCUGGAGGGAAAACCGGCGGCUGAGAUCCGUUACAGUGUGUCAGAGCAGCAGAGGAGGCAGAGGCCCAUCGAGAGUCGAGAAACCAGUUUGGACUCUGGGGUGGACAUGAGUGAACUGAGACAGACCUCUGGUAGGAGGACUGUAACCCUGGAGAGAAACGCAACUUUUGUCAAAAACACAUCACCUAAAAACACACCCCAACAGUAAAACACUUUUUAAAGUACUAUUUUGGUCAGAUUUACACAAAAAAACUGAAGUUUAACCUCAUGUUGUGUUCUUCAUUUUGUUAAGGACAAUUAAACUAAAUGAAAAACAAUGAAAAUUAACCUCUGUCUACAAUCACUGUCCUUGUUUUACAUUUCAGUCCAUUUUGGCUUGAUUUUAAGACUUUACUUACUGCAUUCAAAWUUUUAAUUAGGUUUCUUUAACACUGACAGAUCAGUAACAGCAUUUAGGCCUAAACCAACCAGUUUCAAAAUCCACAGUAAAGUAAACAAAUGAUCAGAUUUUUCUGAGUCUUUUAAAGCUGCAGUAUAAAAAUAURUAUUUUACGUAUUUGUUAAAACUGUCACUAUGUCCUAACAUAUAGAUAUGAGACGGAUGAUCUGUGAAAAAAAAAUAAAGCUCCCAGUGGUCCUACAGCUAUCUGCAGAAAUAUACCAUUCCCGGUCAGAAACAGCCAAUAAGAGACAGGAGAAAUGGGGGAGGGACCUGUUCAAUGUGUUUGUUCAAAUUUUCAGGCUAACUCAAACUUUUAAAAACUCCCAACUACAGCUUUAGGUCUCAUUCUUUCUCUGGUGUUUGACUCAAGCAARUAGGAUCCAAAAGAGUUAUUUUUUUGUUCAAUAAUUUAUUUAAACUUUUACUUACUCUUUUAAUGUUUGUUUUUUUUUUUCUUUUAUUUCUGUUUUCUUGUUCUUAAUAUGUUUGACUUACUUGUAAAACAUUUUGGUCUGUUUAUUUGUGCUUUGGAAUAAAACUGACUUUUAUAUUAAAAAACAA